AUGAAAUCCCUCGAGAAUGAAGAAGCAUCUGUCUUGGUCGUUGGAGGAGGGUUGUCUGGCCUUACCACAGCCGUCGCCCUGGGCACAUUUGGAGUCCCUACCAUUCUCAUUGAGCGCCGACCAGGACACAUGCAACAUCCGCGGGCUGAUGGUUUCAAUCCUACAACUGUCGAGAUAUUCCGCUCACUCGGUUUCAUCAAAGACUUGAUUCCCGAGAAACCUUUAGGGUUCAAGCUUCAGCGGGUGCGUGUGCACAGUUUGGCUGGAGAGUGGUACGAGGAGCUAGCUUGGAACCCACAGAAGCAAGCUGAGGCAGAAGAUCAAAAGCCUCCCGAAAAGGAGUUCUCUCCGUACCGGGGCGCCUCCACGCCGCAAGACUUGUUAGAGCCCAUACUCGUUCAAAGGGCUAUCGAUCUUGGGGUUGACGUCCGGUUCUCCCAUGAGUUUGUCAGCUUGAAGCAGGAUGACGAGAACAUCACAUGUACUGUCAACAUCCGCAACGGCUCAUCCUAUGAUAUUGUCGCCAAGUAUCUCGUGGCAGCCGAUGGACAUCGGAGUCCUGUACGAGAGGCCCUCGGUAUCUCGCGCAGCGGCCACGGACAUGUCAGCUCUGUCAAGAGCGUGCUCUUCAGAUCUCCAGCCCUUGCUCCGUAUCUGUCACGUGGCCCGACACAGUUCACUAUCGACCAGCCGGACCUGAAAGCUUUCAUGAUCGCAUAUCAGGACGGCCGUUUGGUCCUGCACUUGCCCAAUGAUCGAGAGUAUAACGACUUAACUCUUGAGUCUCUGACACGUCAAGCUAUCGGCGCCCCUGACAUCGACUUGGAGAUCAUUGAAAGCCGGCAGUGGGACUUGUCUGCAAUGAUCGCUGAACAAUUUGCGGUCGGUCGGGCCUUUCUUAUUGGAGAUGCCGCUCACAGUCUACCCCCUAAUCGAGGUGGUUAUGGCGCCAAUACUGGAGUUGCAGAUGCGUACAAUCUAGCAUGGAAGCUCUCACACGUCGUGAAAGGCUCUAGCACGCCCGAACUCCUCACCACCUACGAAGACGAGAGACUUCCUGUUGCGUGGUUGCGUCAUGACCAGAUCUUUGCGAGGUCGGAUUUCAAAACGCUCCAGAAAGAUACCAAGGUCAACGAUUCAGAUGCCGUUGAAGCACUCCCAGACGCUGCAGUUGAGUUUGGCCAGAUCUAUCGAUCUCAAGGUAUUAUUGGAGCCGAUAUCUCGUUACCUUCCGCUCAGACACCUGAUAAAUGGGCUGGCCAACCUGGCACUCGAGCUCCUCAUGUAAAGAUUCAGCAUAAAGGUCAAAUAAUAUCGACGCUGCAAUUGUUCGGGAAGAGCUGGGUUUUGCUGUCGAAAAGUGAUUCAUGGCAGCCUGCUGUGGAUGAGCUUAAGGCGCGAUUGCCAAUCGACAUUUCAUUCCAGCAUGUUCAAAAUGGACCUCUGGAUAAUUUUUCGGAGUUUCUCGAAGCAUAUGGUCUAUCCGAGGAUGGGUGUUCCCUUGUGCGGCCCGAUGGCUAUGUAGCCUGGAGGUCAGUCAACCUUUCUGAGAACUCACUGGGAUCCCUCGAAUGCGCUUUACAGACGGUUGGUUUUAUAGCAAAGUAG